ACAGCAGAGCAUGUUUUACAAGUGAAAUUCUUCCUAGUAUGAUUCUUAUUCCCACCACAGGCGACAAUCACGAAUCGGUUUAACUAUUGAAUUACUGGGGAUAAGAUUUUUAUUUGUGUGACAAUUUCGACCUAUCCCUCCAACCCGAAUACUUCCUCGCCUUCGAAUUUAAGGAUACAUCCGCGACGUGCAGAGCACCAAGGAGAGCUGUUUACCCAAACCCAUUGUUCGAGGAAAAUGGCCUCCCUAGGAGAAGAUUUGUUGGUGACCGUCAACAAGCUGCAAGACUUGGUUUUCAAUACCAUUGGAAAUGACUCUCUGGAUUUACCGCAAAUCGUUGUGGUUGGCUCUCAGUCAUCCGGGAAAUCGUCUGUACUUGAAAACAUAGUUGGUAGAGAUUUUCUACCUAGGGGAAGCGGCAUUGUGACAAGACGGCCCCUGAUUUUACAACUUAUCAACAUCCCUAGUGAGCGGCACGACAAACCCGAAGGCGAUGAAGUUCACAUUCCGCAUACAGCUGCUAGUGUCGCUGGACAGUAUGAAUGGGCAGAGUUUCAUCACGUUCCUGGUCGGAAGUUUGAAGACUUUGCCCUUGUUAAGCAGGAAAUUGAAGCUGAGACUGCGAGAAUAGCCGGAAGCAAUAAAGGCAUCAACCGACAACCCAUUAACCUCAAGAUAUUUUCUCCUCACGUUCUCAAUCUCACUAUGGUUGAUCUACCGGGCUUGACGAAAGUGCCCAUUGGAGACCAACCCUCGGACAUUGAAAAGCAAACUCGUGCGUUGAUAUUGGAAUAUAUUGCGAAGCCCAACAGUAUUAUCCUAGCAGUCUCGCCUGCGAACGUUGAUCUGGUCAAUUCAGAAGCUCUUAAGCUUGCUCGCCAGGUAGAUCCUAUGGGACGAAGGACGAUUGGUGUUUUGACAAAACUGGACCUCAUGGAUCAUGGAACCAAUGCUAUGGAUAUCCUCUCCGGCCGCGUGUAUCCAUUGAAGCUUGGAUUCAUUGGAGUUGUCAAUAGGUCCCAGCAAGAUAUUCAAUCUGGAAAAUCCCUUUCCGACGCUUUACACGCCGAACUUGACUUCUUUCGCCAUCAUCCUGCUUAUCGGAAUAUGGCCAAUCGAUGUGGCACGCAAUUUCUUGCGAAGACUUUGAAUUCUACUUUAAUGUCCCACAUCAGAGACCGCCUCCCUGACAUCAAAGCUCGCCUCAAUACACUCAUGGGUCAAACACAACAAGAGCUUGCUAGCUACGGAAAUAAGCAGUUCAGCGGGAAAGAACAUCGAGGUUCCUUGAUAUUGCAGCUCAUGACGCGAUUUGCAUCUUCUUUCAUAUCUUCUAUUGAUGGAACGUCCUCUGAGAUUUCUACUAAAGAACUGUGUGGAGGUGCUAGAAUAUAUUACAUUUUCAAUUCCGUCUUCGGCAAUUCCCUCGAGACAAUUGAUCCUACGCAUAACUUGUCCGUCUCUGAUAUCCGAACGGCCAUUCGCAACUCAACCGGUCCACGGCCCAGCCUUUUCGUUCCUGAACUUGCCUUUGAUCUUCUUGUCAAACCCCAGAUCAAAUUGCUAGAGUCCCCUAGUCAAAGGUGUGUUGAGCUGGUUUACGAAGAGCUCAUAAAAAUAUGCCACACAUGCGGCUCCCAAGAACUUCUUCGCUUCCCACGACUCCAGGCAAAACUCAUUGAGGUUGUGUCGGACCUCCUUCGUGAGAGACUAGGGCCUUGCUCAACUUACGUCGAGUCUUUGAUUUCCAUCCAACGCGCAUAUAUAAAUACGAACCAUCCUAAUUUCCUUGGCGCUGCAGCUGCAAUGUCAUCCGUCAUUCAGAGCAAACAAGACCAGGAAAGAAAGGCUGCAUUAGCGGAGGAGCGGAGAAAACGAGAGAAGAGACGGCUAAAAGAAACUGGCGGCCUGAAUGGAGGCCAAUCUGCCUACCCCGAAGAGGAAGAAGAGCAACAGGACUCAAAGACACAGAAUUUGCCCCUCAGAGGCCAGUCUACCCGAGGCACCAGAAGCUUGUCUCCGCAUGUUGGUAAGGUCCAGGAAAGUGGUAUCGCAGCGACAUUAAACGGUACACAUCCGAAUCCCCAAAACGCUUUUGGUACCGCAAAUACCACUCGUGAUUCCUUCUUAAAUUACUUUUUCGGCAAAGAUGGUGCGCAAUCUACUCUGUCUGCUCCCUUACCGCCAAAUCAGGGCAGGCAAUCAAUCCAGCACGAAGUUAAUAUUGCCCCUGCUACACGACGCACAGAGCUUCGCUCCCCGGUAAUUGCUACAGAGGAUUACACAGUAAUGCCAGAAUAUAAUGAUAUGAGCUCCGUGUCACAGCCAAAAGACAAUUCUGAACCCGAAAUAUCUGAUCGGGAGCUCAUGGAAACCGAGUUGAUUCGUCGAUUGAUUUCUUCAUAUUUCAAUAUCGUUAGAGAGACCAUUGCUGAUCAAGUUCCUAAAGCUAUCAUGCACCUUCUUGUCAACCAUAGCAAAGAUGUUGUGCAAAAUAGACUCGUUAGCGAGCUUUAUAAAGAGGAGUUUUUUGCUGAACUUCUUUAUGAGGAUGAUGGUAUUAAAGCUGAAAGGGAAAAAUGUGAGAGGCUAUUAGAGACAUAUAAGGCAGCUGCAAAGAUUGUGGGCGAGGUUCUAUGAUUCUUGUACCCAUCUUUUUAGCCUCGUGAUAUGUUUCAGGCAUACCUUGUUAUUUAGAUAACAUCUGGUUUGUCUGUAACUAUCCAAAGGUUAUAUUUUUGUGGAUAUCUUUAUAUCUUGUAUUCUAGUAUUAUUCCUAUUAUGACCCUACGCAGCGUGAGGUACGGGAGAAUAGAUUAGUUUUGCUUAUCGUGUGUAUAUAAGGUGUUUUUUUCUUAGCUAUAUAUAUCUAGAAGGUCUAAGAUGAAAGGCACUUUAUACUAUGCGCAAUUCUAAAUCUAAUAAAUACUAGGAC